AUGUUGUACGAUUUCCUUGGUGUUUAUGGGAAAGUCGGUCAAAGUAGUCGAAAUGAUGAUGAUGUCUUUGAUCGGUAUAGUCAUCGAUGGACAGUAGUUUUACUUACUAUUUUUACUAUUGCUAUAAGUGCUAAACAAUUUGUUGGUGAACCAAUCGAAUGUAUUCCACCACCUGAUUUUAGUGGAACACAUAAAACAUAUGUUGAAAAUUUUUGUUGGAUUCAUUAUACUUAUUCAAUCGAAGAUAAUACAGCAUUAACACGUGAUUUUGUUCGUGGUGCAAAUGGUUCACGAAAAACACCAUAUUAUAUUUGGAUUCCAUAUAUAUUAAUUGUUGCUGCUCUAUGUACAUAUUUACCAGCAUGGUUAUGGCAUAUAAUUGGUCAUCGUGCAACGAUUGAUAUUCCAGCUAUGAUUAAUCAAGUAGCUAAAACAAAUUUAACCAAUACAGAAGAACGUAAAACAAUGUUAUUGAUAUUAGCAAAACAUUAUGAAAAAGCUCAACGAUAUACAAAAUCAAAAGUUCAUAUAACCGAUAACUUACUAAAACAAUGUAUGUCUGCUUGUAUGUUUUUUGCUGGUGGUGGUGUCUUAACAGGAAUUUAUUUUUUUACUAAAAUACUCUACUUAAUUAAUGCUAUUGCACAAUUCUUUUUAAUAAAUUAUUAUCUUCAAAUUGAUUAUUGGUCAUAUGGUCAAAAAGUUCUACAUGGAAUACUUACUGGACGUGAUUGGUUAGAAAAUAAAGUUAUCUUUCCUCGGAUUGUUUAUUGUGAUUUUACAAUACGAUCUUUAGGUGAUAAUAAUUUAAAUUAUACUGUUCAAUGUGCUUUACCUGUGAAUCUUUAUAAUGAACGUAUAUUUGCGUUCUAUUGGUUUUGGUUAAUAUUUUUAUCUAUUGUUACAUUUUAUGGUAUUCUUAUUUGGUUUGGACAUAUGAGUUAUCAUGGUCGUCGUAGUUUUUUAAAGAAACAUUUACGUAUUAAUUUAGAAUUAGAAUUAACUGACAAUAAUAAGCAUUUAUUUAAUGGUUUUGUUAAUCGACAUCUUGGUGGUGAUGGAAUACUUUUCUUAAGACUUAUUGCAAAAAAUACAAAUCCUGUUGUUGCUGGUGAACUUGUAGAAAUUAUGUGGCAACGAUAUGUUAAACCUGUCGAUAAAAUUGAAGUUAUUUCAUCCAAAGAAAAUUUAGUAGAUGCUGAUGUAUAUUUAAAUGGACGACAUAAUUCGAAAAAUGAUUAA